AUGGUAGAGUUGAAACCCACCACGACGCGCCUGCCAUACGCUCAGUCGAACCCAUCAGCUCCUAAAGCCGCACACGUUCACGCCCCGAAGGCCACAAAAAUUUCUGCUCGCGCCCCUGGUCAUCCUACAACGCUCAAGCAGACAACGACUUCUACUGGCGCCUCCAAAACUCUGCCCUCGUACCCUCGCUCGGGUUCGCCUGAUUCUGAAAAACGCUCAAGAUGUCGACAUCAUGCUCGUUGGGAUAUGGUACCAAGUGCAAAGUGGUGCAAGGUGCACCAAGGGAAAAUUCACAAGUCAUUCGAGCUCGUGAUACCUGGGAAAGAGGCCUGGCCAGCCGGGCUACAUUCCUCCUGGAACCUAUGGGUUCACUGCUGCUGA